AGGCGUGGACAACGCCAGUGUCUGCACAUCUGUCUGCUUUCACACGGAUUCCUUGACUGUUGAGGUAUUCCAGGGAUCACUAUUUCACUCAAGUUUGCGUUAAGGCUUAACACGAAGUUGCGUGAAGGGCUGAACCCUUGCCGUUUCUUCUCGUGUUAUUGUCUCUUUAAAACACUCCUCCCACGUGACCAAACCUAUCCGCGCCCCCUCUCCCAACACUGGUAGCUAUUUCACAUCAACAAUGAGUAUCCACGUUAAUUAUAAUGACAUUCUCGCAGUUAUUUCCACGUGGAACCGUAGAAAUACUUGUUUUUAAUCCCGAACGACUCGCCGUAUCGGAGCUCCUAACAUAGACCACUACUUGCCACUGGGUAUCAGCGCCUUCAAGUGAAGAAAACACCCAACCACAACAAUAAAGAUUGAAGCGAGGGCUGUCUGCUAUGGCUGGUGGAAGGAGAGGAGCAAACCGCACCGCUUACUGUAGGUCACCACUGAACAGUGAGCCAGGCUCCGUGAGCAAUGGCAAUCAUUCCACGAGUUCUCCUGUAACGGGGGUGCGUUCACGAACAAGGAACGGCUCUGGAGCGGGCAUGUCCAGCCCCCCCCUGGCGACCCAGACCGUGGUGCCGCUGAAGCACUGCAAGAUCCCCGAGCUGUCGCUGGACCGCAAUGUGCUCUUCGAGCUCCACCUGUUCUUCUGCCACCUGGUCGCCCUGUUCGUCCACUACGUCAACAUCUACAAGACGGUGUGGUGGUACCCUCCCUCACACCCCCCCUCCCACACCUCGCUGAACUUUCACCUUAUUGACUAUAAUAUGCUGGUGUUCACAAUCAUAAUACUGGCUCGGAGGUUAAUUGCAGCGAUUGUGAAAGAGGCGUCACAGAGUGGGAAGCUCUCCUUCCCUCACUCCAUUUUCUUGGUGAUGGCACGCUUCGCCGUGCUCACUCUGACGGGCUGGAGCCUGUGUCGGUCCCUCAUAUACCUCUUCAGGACCUACUCGGUCCUCAGCCUGCUCUUCCUCUGCUACCCUUUUGGGAUGUACAUUCCUUUUUUCCGGCUGACCUGUGACUUCCGGCGCGGGGGACCUCUCUCGCCCAUAGCCAGCAUCGGCUCCAAGGAGGUGGGCAGCGUGGGCAAGGGCAGGGACUACCUUACGGUGCUCAAGGAGACCUGGAAGCAGCACACCAGCCAGCUGUACGGCGUCCAGGCCAUGCCCACCCACGCCUGCUGCCUCUCGCCGGACCUCAUCCGCAAGGAGGUGGAGUACCUGAAGAUGGACUUUAACUGGCGCAUGAAGGAGGUGCUGGUCAGCUCCAUGCUCAGUGCCUACUACGUGGCCUUCGUGCCCGUCUGGUUUGUCAAGAGUACCCAGUACGUAGACAAGCGCUGGUCCUGUGAGCUCUUCAUCCUGGUGUCCGUCAGCACGUCCGUCAUCCUCAUGAGACACCUGCUGCCGCCGCGCUACUGUGACCUGCUCCACAAAGCCGCCGCCCACCUGGGCUGCUGGCAGAAAGUAGACCCCUCGCUCUGCUCCAACGUCCUGCAGCACAUAUGGACGGUGGAGUACAUGUGGCCCCAGGGCGUGUUGGUGAAACACAAUAAGAACGUCUACAAGGCCAUGGGUCACUACAACGUGGCGGUGCCCUCCGACGUGUCCCACUACCGCUUCUACUUCUUCUUCAACAAGCCACUGAGGAUACUGAACAUGCUCAUCAUACUGGAGGGUGCCAUGAUAUUCUACCAACUGUACUCUUUAAUAUGCUCAGAAAAGUGGCAUCAGACGAUAUCGCUGGCCCUGAUUCUCUUCAGCAACUACUACGCCUUCUUCAAACUGCUCAGAGACAGAAUAGUGCUCGGCAAAGCGUACUCGUACUCAAACAGUUCUUCUGACCAGAAGGUCAGUUAGAAGCAGUUAAAUUAUUGUGUUGCACAUUUUACCAUUGGUGUAAGAGAAACAUACAUGAGAGCUUUGUAUCUUUUCUACAACUGCAUUUUGUGUCACUGUUCGGGUUAUGUUCUGAUCUGCCAUAAUAAAAAGAAAAUAUUUUUGUAUUACUUUAA